GUUGUCGCCAAGCUUCAGUUUAACCUGCAGUCGCGUCUUCACGCGCACCUAAGCGAAUUUCUCAACACUCCCAAUUUUCAGCUUCCGGGUCCUUCAUCGCAAAUCCUCAAUCCGGCAGCGCUACAAAUACCUACGACAGCAUGGCAGCUAUCGAGAGUUUUGACAAUAUCUACCUGGACCUGUCUCGCGACCACGGCAAGUGCAGGUUUGCGGAAAAUGGCCUAGGCUGGAAGCCCGCGGGCGGCGGCGAUACCUUCACCCUCGACUCGAGCAACAUUGGUGGGGCGCAUUGGAGCAGAGCGGCCAAAGGCUACGAGGUGAAAAUCCUGCAGAGGAAUUCGGGCGUCAUCCAGCUAGAUGGUUUUCAGCAAGAGGACUAUGAGCGUUUGGUGAAGAUCUUCAAGAACUGGUACAGCACCAACCUGGAAAACAAGGAGCAUUCGUUGCGUGGCUGGAACUGGGGCAAGGCCGAGUUUGGCAAAGCCGAGAUGUCGUUCAACGUGCAGAAUCGACCCGCAUUCGAGAUUCCCUAUUCGGAAAUAUCCAACACCAACCUCGCCGGCCGCAACGAGAUCGCGGUAGAGUUUGCCGUUGGUGAAGGUGGCAAGGCGAGCGGCCAAAAUGGCGCGACACAUAGCAAGGGCAAGAAAGCAUCGGCCGGGAAGGACCAGCUCGUCGAAAUGAGAUUCUACAUCCCGGGCACGACAACAAGGAAGGAAGCCGAAGGCGGUGAGGCUAGCAGCGAUGCGGACGAGGAAGAGAAGAACGCGGUCACACUUUUCUAUGAUACCCUCAUCGAGAAGGCAGAGAUCGGAGAGACGGCAGGCGAUACGAUCGCCACGUUCUUGGAUGUCUUGCAUCUCACUCCAAGAGGCCGGUUCGAUAUCGACAUGUACGACGCGUCAUUCCGCCUCAGGGGCAAGACAUACGACUACAAGAUCCAGUACGAGGCGAUCAAGAAGUUUAUGGUCCUUCCGAAGCCAGACGAUCUUCACUUCAUGCUUUGCAUCGGCCUCGACCCACCCCUUCGACAAGGCCAGACGCGGUAUCCGUUCAUCGUUAUGCAGUUCAAGCAGGAUGAGGAGGUCACGCUGGAUCUCAACAUGUCGGAGGAGGAGCUCAACGGCAAAUACAAGGACAGGUUGCAAGCCCACUACGAGCAACCGCUACACCAGGUAGUUGCGUACAUCUUCAAGGGACUGGCCAACAAGAGGAUCACGGCGCCAGCAAAGGACUUUACAACACACCGCCAACAGUACGGCAUCAAGUGCUCGAUCAAGGCGAGCGAAGGCUUCCUGUACUGCUUGGAAAAGGCCUUCAUGUUCGUGCCAAAGCCGGCGACGUAUAUUUCGUACGAGCAAACACAGUCCGUCACAUUCUCGCGUGUCGGAGGCGCUGUCUCGGCCCUCUCGACCUUCGAUAUCACAGUGCACAUGAAGAAUGGUGCAGGCUCCUCUCAAUUCAGCAACAUUAACCGUGAAGAUCUGAAGGCACUGGAGGACUUCUUCAAGCUCAAGGGGCUGCGGGUGAAGAACGAGAUCGACGAGGAUUCUAAGCUUCUGGCCGCGGCCAUGAGGGAUGAGGCUAUGGCCAGCUCGGACGAGGAGGUUGUCGGGGCCAAGCCAGACCGCGGCUCAGCUGACGAGGACGAGGAGAGCGUUGAUGAGGACUUCCAAGCUGAGUCCGAGAGCGACGUUGCCGAAGAGUACGACAGCAACCACGAGAGCGACGGGUCUGGGAGCGCCGAGAGCGACGUGGAUAAUGAGGUCGACGACGAAGAUGAGGACGAGGAUAUGGACGAGCCGGAGGAAGAGGAGACGCGGCCGAAGAAGAAAAAGAAGACCGGUUGAGGGGCCGCUGGCGCUCACUGUCGCGAUAGGGCUGUACUGCAACGGGGUCUGGCGUUCGGGUCUUUAUGGUCUGUAUACCGUGUUCUAGCUCUGCCAUUACCUUGCUUGACUAUGAAUGUAUAUUUACAGAGCUUAGAGAUUGCUUGGCCUUCUGUACAACCAGCAUACAACGGCGCUUUGCCUCUGCUGUUGGAUCCUCUGUUUGCAUAUUCCCUAAGAGUCAGGACAUGCCGAGAAGGCACGUGCAUGACUACCUCACCUAAUUCCCCACCAAUUUACAUGCCUGGUAGUUACCCCACCACCGGUGGUUCAGCU